UGCGCUGGUUGUUCCUCGCUGCGCUCCGGUUGCCGCUUCAGGCUUCGCCGACUUCAGGCUCAGCGCCAGAGAAGUUGUGCACGCGUCCUCGUGCCAAUCCCCGACGAUGGGCAAUUCUUGUUUUGGCCUCAAGGAAAAGCUGAUGCAGAGGCUGAGACCCCUGCCCACCCUGCUGAUCAUCCGCACCGUCAUGCCCCAGAGGAAAAACAAAGAUUUCUGCGUGGUGAUCCUUGGCUCCGCGGGCGUCGGCAAGAGCGCUCUGGUGAAGAGAUGGGUGCGCGGCAACUUCCGUGAAAAGUAUGUGCCAACUGUGGAAGAUACCUACCACCAGAUGCCCGGCAGCAGUCGCGGCACCGGCACGCUCCACGUCACCGACACGGCUGGCGGUCACCGCUACCGGGGCUUGCAGCGCCUCGCCAUCGCCAGGGGCCAUGCCUUCGUCCUGGUCUACUCGGUCACCAAGAAGCAGACCCUGGAGGAGCUGAAGCCCUUCUAUGAGCUGAUCCGCGAGAUCAAAGGUAGAAACGUGCGGAAGUACCCUAUCGUGCUGGUGGGCAACAAAUGCGACGACAGCCGCCGCCGGGAGCUGACCUCGAGGGAUGGCGCUGCCUACGCCUUGGAGUGGAAUUGCGCCUUCAUGGAGACCUCCGCCAAGACGGAUGUCAACGUGCAGGAGCUGUUUCAGGUGCUGCUGAACCACGCGAAGAAGCCAGCCACCAACCCCCAGCCUCUCCAGAAGAAAUCCCAGGUGCCCAAGAUCGCCGAGAAGCUGCUGGGCAAGUGCAUCAUCAUGUGAGCGCUGGAUCGUAGUUAGGAGCCCUACCUUCUUCUCCGACAGUAUGUAGAGAACGUGGACCAGUGUCAAUGUAGUGUGUCACCUGUACAUGGUUGUGCUGUGGUUUGGGUUGUAACAGCUAGACGUCCAUAAAUGUCCCUUGUCAGUUAAUCAUUUUUCUUUUUCCCAGGCAAGAGAAUUCAAAUAAUCACAACGUUGAUAAUGGAGGAGGGGGAGAGAAAGGAGAAUAAGUCUUGACAGACUUCAGAGAUUAAUAUUUGAAAAAGAGAGUGAACUAGCAAAAUGAAUUGAAAGAUGCCACUGCCCUUCUUGUAACCCUACUAUCAUGUGUUAUUUUUAAACAUUUCAAUGUAAAUGUCCAAUCAAACCUGUCCAUUGUGUUCUUAAUUGUUAAGAAAUGUGUUUUUGCAGCAAAAGCUUUGCUAGAUGACUGUGAGGCAGAUACACUAAACAAGAUAAAUAAAUGAAUAUUCUAUAGCUGAGCAUUGAGGGUGGGGGCAGAGAAAAUUAUGAAAGUGGAACUCACUGACUUAAGAUGU